AUGCAUUCAGCACUUCAGGUAACGGAAAUCGUCCAAAUGAUUUGUCGCCAUGGAAGUAACAAGGACAUUAUUCACCUUGCAAUAACCUGUCAAGAUCUAUUCCAUAUAGCCAUUCCAAUCGCAUGGGAGAAAGUUAAAGGCGUUCUUCAAUUGAUAAAAUUGAUACGCACUGUAGUAGUCGAUGAGGAAAAAUUUCCAUUCGGGAAUUAUAAAAUAACUACAAUUGACUUUUCGGGUCCUCCAAAACGGGAGUAUCUUGACCGUUGGCAAAUUUACGCACCUUUUGUUCGCAAACUUGAAAUAAUUGAAGAGGAAUCUACCCGUUUUCAUAUGGGCACCCUCUCGGCGCUACUGUCUCCAAAGGAACCACAAGCGAUGAACUAUUUAUUUUGGGUCAAGGUCUUUGGGUCCUCCUCCUUGCGAGACCUUCGGGCUACCUAUCACUCGGGUGAAAUGCCUAUCGUCUCAAAUGAUCGCGAAUCUACCGUCAUACAGGCCAUUGUUAAACAAUGCCCAAAUUUGACCACGCUUGGAUUUUUCUCCUAUCCCUGCUCCGAAAAAAUCGAGAACGAAUAUGACAGAUUCUUUAUACAAUAUCCUUACCCCAUGCAAAACUUUCUUUCAAGAGCUAGCUCACUGACUACUCUGAUAGGGAGCCUUUCAUUCCUCCUGCCUCAGUCUCUGGAUGCUCUUGGUCGACUACCCAAUCUGGAGCGAGUAGAAAUAUAUUACCCACCAAAGUCUACCCGACAAGAUAUCGACGAUUUGAGAAAAGGAACUCUCUCUCCUACGGCUUUCCCAGCGCUCAAGGCGCUAGUUCUAAAUAACCUCAUUCAGCAUGGAGCUGACUUCCUCUGGGACUUACCACCUCUUGUCAGUAAAUUGACUACUGUGGAGCUAAAGUUCAACCCAUAUCCUCGUCGUCAACAAAACGAAUGGGCGUUACGCGAGAUGAUCCCAAAAUUGUGCGAUCGGAGCCCCUAUAUAUCCCAGCUUUUGCUUGAGUUUGACUGCGAUUCACAAGAAGGUAUUGGGAUGCCACACAUGUGUCAAUUCACUGACACCGCAUUCGGUCUUAUCGCCCAACUAAGCUUGACUCGACUCGAAGUGAUGCACGCACGACUAGUGGGACCAGAUGUCUUAUUCAAGUUGACCAGAACCUGGCCUAAUCUCGAAGUUCUACGUUGGACAGCACAGCAUAUAAAAGUGCAAGAAUUACAAGAGUUUGCUUUGUUCCUACCUAAACUAAAGCACCUCGCCGUCGAAGUAAAUAUGAUGCCACUACCUGAAGAAGUUGAUAUGACAUAUAUCGCCAAUCUCAAACGGCGAGAGAUGCGUACACUCGAGAGUGGGCUCCAUAAAUUCAGCGACCUAGCCGGUAACGAUGCCGCUCGGAUAUACUGGUACCUGAGCGUUAUGUGGCCGAACGCUAGGCUUGAAACUCGGGCUUCGCACAUUGAUUCACUCCCCGGGAGGAGAUUGGAUCUGUUCUGUGUGAACGUCGUAAAUCACAUGGAACCGUUGGUGCUCGAUAUGCAAUCCGUAGUGGGCGUACAUCCAGAUAAUUUCAGCAAUGGUAUCUACGACGAUGCGGUCCAAAACUAUGUUCGUGUUAUGUGGGACGCGGGAUGCAAAUUCAUGCGACCCCAAUUGGAGAAGAUCAACGCGCCCUGGCGGAUGCUCCCGGCUGAAGCGCUGCCUCCAUAG